AUGGAUGCGGCGUGGAGACUCGAGGACAAAACUGCAGGAUGUAGUUGGGUCCUUCACAACCCACGCCUGGAAGAGACAAGGCAAGGCACUUCGACGGAGCGUUUUGUGGCGUCACCACUGAUGGCCGAGGCACUAGCUGUACGGGAAGCCCUGUUACAGGCCAAGGCUCUUCAUCUCACCAAUAUCUGCCUUAAGUCAGAUAACCAGGUGCUUAUCAAAGCACUAUCCUCGAAACAACAUCCGGUGGAGAUCUACGGAAUCAACUUGGAUAUCGAGAAUCUAUCCCUAUCUUUUACGUCUAUUUCUUUUGCUCAUGUACCUAGGAGCUUGAACUCUGCUGCAGAUGCUUUGGCAAAAUCUGCUCUGUACUCUUUGAACUCUUAG